GUGCCUGAGAUCUAAAUUUUUGGUCAAAACUGACAUUCAACUCUACUAAGAAACAUUAACAUCAUGGAUCCGCUCCACAUAACAGAGUUUCGAGGCGACGGAAUGCAGAUGCUGAUACCAUCAGAUGUUGAAAGCAUCUGGCUAUUCAAAGUCCUUUGGUUAAUUAGGGAGGUCAGAUUGACCAUUAUUUCAAGGUCAAUUGACAUGAUUACAAGAGAUAUGCAUUCAGUGAGUAUAGAAUCAACGACCCCUAGGGAAGAGCAAAGACAGCAGGUAAUUGAAAUGUUGGGUUGGGAGCCUCACGGCAAUCUACCUGUACACAUCGAUAACCCAUCAAUGAAGAUCUUGUUAUAUAAUUGCUUGGGAGCCGGAGAUGAUGAUUUCACAAGAUGCAUGAGAGAGAGUCAUAGAUUGCAUUCAGCUGAAGUGGUAGCAAUACUGGAGCCUCGUGUUCAAAGCUUUAGUCUAAGGAACUUCUUCAACCAAUUUGGCCUUACAAGAGCUGAAUUUGUGGAAGCACAGCAGCAGGCAGGUGGAGUUUGGCUACUUUGGAACCCUAAUAGAGUUGGGAUUACAAUUGUUGAGUCAAAUAUGCAAUCUGUAGCAGCAAUCAUUUCUAAGCCUGAUUUUCCAGCUUGGGUCUCUACUAUAGUUUACGGAAGCCCCAGUCCCACUAACAGGGAGCAGCUAUGGGGUAAACUGAAGUUUCUUUUGGAGCAAACUGGUCACCCUUGGACACUUGCAGGAGGAAAGCUGACGCAUUGUGCCAGUGAUGAUCAGAGACCUGGUGGUAGUGCAAGAAGAAGAACUUUCUCAGAAACUAUCAAUCAGUGUGGUCUGUUGGGCCUGGAAUUUAAUGGUCUGGGAUGCACAUGGUCAAACAACACAGUCAUGACUACUAAUCCAAGUACAGUACCAAAUAGAGCUCGGGAGAGUUCAGGAUGGAACAUGUUGCUCCAGAAAUCCAUAAUUACCGACCUAUUUGCGAUUGAAUUAAAUAACUUCGCAAUGCUAGUGAACAUCAUAGGUCUAGGCACAUCAAAGACAGAUGUGAUGUGGAAAAGAUGUCCAGGAUCAUCUGGCGCUGGAGGAUUGAUAAGAGCUGAUCAAGGAAACAAUGUAGGAGCAACUGCAAGCUCUGUAGCAGAAUCGGAAUCACAGACGUGAUUCUGCCUGAGCAGAUCUAAGGUGGCUGAUCAAUUUAAACUAUUUGAUGUACCUUGAAGCCAUGUCCAUGAAGUCUGAUAUUUUCAGCUAUUUGAAUUCAGAAGUCUGUAGUUGUUAAUUUAGAUAGCAUAAAAUCAAACUAAUUUUCUAUUCUCUGGCAGCAAAAAAAAAUUUUUUUUGGGGGGCUAUUGAUCAACAGGAUCUUAAUUGUCAUUGACAAAACUUGAAGGAAACUGAGGUGCUGUGGACGGGAGGGCAGGGAUAUAUUUAACUAGCUUACCUAUGGAAAGACAGAUAAUCUGACAAUUUGGCAAGGCACCAACUAGAACAGUCACUAACGUUCACUUGAUGCUUUUGUUUACUAGACCUCUGAUUAUUGAUAAGAGAAAGUCAGCUCCACUCAAGUUUAUUCUUGUUAUUCCCAAGAAUAAAUAUGUCAAGAUACUUCCACAAUUAAGUAGCUGAAUGUUGACAGGAAAAGGUGGUACUUUCUCUAUUAGGAGUGCUAUUGGAUGGGAAAUCAUAAAGAAGGAAGUGCUACUUAUUCCUAUUAGGUGAUCAUAAAUGAACCAUAAAGCUGAUUUUGGUAUAGGCAUGCCAUGUAUAUUUUGCCACAUCAAUGAAAAAGCUGAUAAGAAAUUCACAAAAUAGCUCAAAUGAGGUAUUAGAAAAAUCAAGCAGUAGGGGCUUUUGGGGUCUAAAUCCAAAUAAAUAUUUAGAUAUGUAUCACUAAUUGUGCGUUAGUAUAUUAUGUUCCUAUCUGCGUGUAUGCAUCUCCGGAUUAAGUGUUUUGCCUAUUGUAUUCACCUCUUCUCAAUAACAUAAUUUUUUCCUCAUAAGAAGAAUUUUAUGGAUCUAGAUUGUGCUUCAGCAUAAAUAUGAAUCAGCCCAAGUAAAAAAGGGAAAAAUAGAGCAAGCUUCCAUUUACUUGAAUCGAAGAAACUCAAUAUAUUCAUUAGGACUUAGAUGUGUAUCUGUCUUGAAUUACAAGCAAAUCAUUAGGAUUCAGACGGGUUACUUUUUUCAAAUUACAAGCAAGGAACAUCCAUUAGCAUAUUGUAUGAAAACUUAUCUCAUAUAUUUAUCAGGGUAGUUAAACUUUCUCUAUCACUUGGUUGAAAUCACGGUUAAAUUAGUCAAAAUGUCCAUAAACUUCAUCAGGACAAAAUUUUAAAAACACAUUCCAUUUUGCUUCCCUCUUUGAGAAAAUUUAUUCUUAGACAAAAUACAGGAAGUGAGACUAGCUGCUGCAAAAUUCAAUUAUAUUUAUGUCAAGUUAGAGCUUUUGUUACACAGUUCUUCUAUGGGAGUUCUUUACUCAACCUUUCCACCAUUAUUCUAAAUCCAAUGAUUUCUGCAGUUUCACCAAAAUUUGAAAUUCAUCCUCCCAUAUGCGACUGCAACCUCCAACUAAUAAAUAUUUACUUAUAGUCACAUAAUUACAUCUUUAUGGACCCUCCAAUCAGUUAUCUGUUUGAGCUCUUUUCGACAUCAUCAAUAAGCCAAAUAUCUAAUACAUUAAGCAUUGAUUCCAAAGAUAAAAUAAGACUAAAUAGGUGCAUUUUCCGAAAAGCCCCGCAUAAUUUGACGAAUCCAUAGCUUAGAAAAGAAAGAUGUAAUAGUUAAUUCUUGUAUGCGAGUUUAUGGAUAGAAAAAACAAUGAACAGAAAACCGGUAAAAAAGAACAUGGAAUGAAAAAAAACCCAGAACAUCAAACAUUAACAGGCAUUUUACAUUGAGAAACACAAGAAAUAGAGGUGCAUAACGUUCAAUGGUAAAUAAGUUAUAAUAAUUUAAGUAACGAUGAUAAAUCCGGUAGUAUGAAACGGGGG